CCCGAUCAUAGCUGAACUUGUUCUCGCAAACAUGAGAAGAAAAUAUCUGAUAUCUCCAUAAACAGAUAAAGUGUAUUCGUUCUCUUAUUCCACUACAUGUAAGUACAGCUACUUAGUUUAGAUAUAAAUCAGUGGAUCGUGGGGAUCAUGUCUAGAAGAAGGAUUUGUGUUAUCGGUGCAGGUGUAAUAGGUGUCUCCACUGCUGCUAGAAUCCAGGAUACAAUACCAGGAGUGGAUAUUACCAUUGUAGCUGAGAAAUUCUCCCCAUAUACUACAAGUGACGGCUCGGGGGGAUUCUGGGAACCACACGUACUUGCUGAAACUCCAAUUGAAAAACAACUGGAAUGGAGCAAGGAAACAUUUGAACAUAUUAACAGCUUGCUUGGUACAGCACAUGCACGGGAUGCUGGAUUGAACUAUGUGUCAGGAUAUUCACUGCAUACAUCAUAUCAGGAGGAUCCCUUUUGGAAAGACAUAGUAUUCGGAUUCAGGCAUUUGACAAAGAGAGAGCUUCAACUUUAUCCAGGACAUAGCCAUGGCUGGUUCCACACAACAUGGGUUGCGAACUGCAGGACAUAUAUUCCUUGGCUGAUGGCUCAAUUCAGAAGAAAAGGUGGACGCGUCAUCAAACGCAAGGUGCAAAGAAUUGAAGAGCUUGUUCCAGAUUAUGAUAUUGUUGUCAACUGUUGUGGACUUGGUGCUUACGAUCUACUGAACGACAAAACAGUGGUUCCUGUAAGAGGACAGGUCAUUAGGGUAUCAGCGUCUUGGUUAAAACAUUUCAUCAUAUUGGAGGACAGAGAUCAAGAGACGUAUCGAUAUAUGUUACCAAAUAGUGACACUAUUGUUAUUGGAGGAACUGCAGAUGAAGGCCAAUGGGAUACUACUGUCAGCCAAAGCACUAAAAGGGAUAUAUGGGAAAAUGCUUGCAAAGUCAUUCCUAGUUUGAAAGAUGCUGUGAUAGUUGAGGACUGGGUUGGUUUGAGACCUAGUCGCCCACGAGUCAGGAUUGAAAUAGAACACAUGAACUUGAAAAACAGAGACGUUCCAGUGGUGCAUAACUACGGGCAUGGGGGAGCAGGUGUAACAUUGCACUGGGGAUGCGCAGGAGAGGCAACAUCACUCGUACAGAGCUGUUUGAAAGAUACGAAGAAACUGUCAAAAUUGUAAUAUUAUUGACAUCAGACUCAGCUACAGGGCAAUAUCCACAAUUUUGAAAUAGACAAAAACAAAGCAGGCUAUAGACGGUCUAGUAGACACUCAUUGAACAGUAUACAGUACAGUUCAUCUUUUUGAGUCUAA